GUGCCGGUGACGUAAGGGGGUGGAAUUCCAACAUGGAGCCUGGGGCAGGACCAUGAAAGGCGAGCUGAAUGGAGAGGCUGAGCAGUGGUGUUACGAGCGAUCGCUGGCCAUUUUCGAUCGAAUUGAUCUCUAAAAACCAGUAUCGGACUUUGUUUCGCAAGGAUAAAGGAUAUUGUCGUGAAACACAUUUUAAUGAUAUAAUCAACAGUUCCAGAGAUUUAACCAACGAAAGAAGUGUGGAAGAAACUUCGUAGCAUUUUGUUUGCAACAAUUGUUAUUGUUCCCGUGUUCUGUAAACGCUUGUAGCAGAAGAGUUAUACUUUCGAGAUAUCCGGCGUCGUAAAACCAUUUUUGUGUGGAAUGCAAGCAGGACUAGAUUGUAAUUACAGUACUGGGAUGUUGAUUCAUCAGAUACUCCCUGUGAUAUGAAAGUUUCGGCGGCUGGGGACGUGAUCAGAUUUCCUGAAAGUUUCUGUUAUCUCGGGAUUGUCUGCAGCUGACUGCGUGCGACAUGUGCCAGGACAAGACCUGGCUUCAUUCUUUGCAACAAAGAAAGCCUCAGUUUGUGAUAUUAUGUAGAUGACUUGUUACGGCGCGUAACUGUGCUCAUCGGGAGGGUCACUGUGGAUUUUUUUUCAGCCCUCUUGGCCAGGGUACAUGCGGAGGUAUGGGAAACCGAGCUACUUGGCAAACAAAGGAGGAUGUCGAUUUGGCCAUCGGGCGGUUCGGCUAGGACUCGCAUGCCGUGUAAUCUGUCUGAAAAAAAUGGAAGAGGCUAAUUACAGCCGGCAAUGCAAGAUAUUUGCAACGUGACAGAGACUUGCGCUUUGUUUUUAUGAAGACUUUAUAUAGACCUGGUCUGUGGAGACCACCAGGCCAUGUUUAAACAAUUUCUAUCUGAACUUUAGUGUACUCGUUUGGCUCUGGUUGUGAUUUUUCGUAUUUAAUGACCAGCCUUCUUCCAUACUUUGGUCAGAAAAUGAAGAUUUUCUUCCAGCUCGUUACUUAUUUGCUUCUUGCGAGCGAGGGCUCCGUCGGAUCUUCCCACUGCAAGCUGUACGACGAGCGACCGAGGAGCGCCGGGAAGAGCGCGGAGCAGACCGGCGCGGCGGUCAAGGCGGUCUGCACCAACAUGGAGCUCCGUCAGGUGCCGCCGGAGCCGCUUCCCAACCGGACGGUGACUCUGAUUUUAAGCAACAACAAAAUCCAGGAACUGAAGAAUGGCUCCUUCGCCGGACUGUCGACGUUGGAGAAACUGGACAUCCGGAACAACGUCAUCAGCCACAUCGAGCCCGGAGCAUUCCUGGGGCUCACGGCCCUCAAAAGGCUAGACUUGUCCAAUAACCGUAUAGGCUGUCUGAAUGAAGAUAUAUUUAAAGGCCUCCCAAGUCUGACCAGACUGUAUCUCUCAGGGAACCUGUUCUCGUCUCUAUCGCCAGGAACCUUCAACGGCCUUGUCUCCCUGAAGGCGCUGGAGUUCCAGACGCCGUACCUGCUGUGCGACUGCAACCUGCGCUGGCUGCUGCGCUGGUUGAAGGAGAGGGGCGUGGCUUCCUUGGACACACGGUGCGCGUACCCGCGCUCCCUGCAGGGACAGGCGCUGGACUCGCUCAAACCCGACCUCCUUACCUGUGACUCCCCACUGGAACUGCCGUCUUUCCAGAUGAAUCCGUCCCAGCGGCAGCUUGUCUUCCGUGGUGACAGCCUGCCCUUCCACUGCCUGGCCUCGUACAUCGACCAGGACAUGCAGGUACUGUGGUACCAGGAUGGCAAGAUGGUAGAACCCAACGCCUCCAUGGGCAUCUUCAUCCAGAGGAGCGUGGUCCACAACUGUACGCUCAUUACCAGCAUGCUGACCAUCUCCAACAUCCAGCCGGGUUCCACGGGGACCUGGGAGUGUCGGGUGAGGACCAGCCGUGGGAAUAACACCCGCACUGUCCCCAUCGUGGUGCUGGAGAGUGCCGCCAAAUACUGCUCCGUGGAGACUGUGUCCAACAACAAGGGGGAGUUUCGGUGGCCCCGCACCCUGGCUGGGCUCACCAUGCACCUCCCCUGCCCACACCUGGCUCCCGGAGCGGGCCUUUACACGGGCUCAUCGGCAAGGGACCAGCAAGCAUGGCGCACUUGCGACCGACGUGGAUUUUGGGCGGAGGAUGAUUACUCCCGUUGCCAAUACCAGAAGGACGUCACCCGCGUCCUCUACAUCAUCAACCAGCUGCCCCUGAACCUGACGAACGCUGGGACCACAGCCCGGCAGCUGCUGGCCUACACCGCGGAGGCCGGCAACUUCUCCGACAAGAUGGACGUCAUCUUUGUCGCGGAGAUGAUUGAGAAGUUUGGGAAGUUUGCAGAGAAGUUCAAAGGUGAGACAAGCAGCGGGAUUCUGUUAGCCUCAGGUCGAUACAUUUGGUUAGUUCUGGUUGAUGACCGCGGUACGGCAAGGACCAGGGCGAGUAUGAGCUGACGGGCAUCUCUCUCUCCCCCGCAGACGUCCCCCAACAUCGCCCUGGAGGCCCAUGCAAUCAAGGCAUGCGCCUUCAAUGGCAUGACAUGCACGCUGUUCCAGAAGCUCAGCCCCGACCGGCCCCCCGCCCGCGAACUGGCGGGCCGCGAUCCCGACCUCGGCCUGGACCGCCAGCUCAGCUUCAAGUGCAACGUGACAAGCAAUCUCUCCAGCCUGGCGCUCAAGAACACUGUGGUGGAGGCAUCCCUCCAGCUGCCCCCCUCGUGUUUCUCCCAGGGCUCGGGGUCAGGCGCCCCCCCUGAGGACACGGUCUACAAGCUGUACCUGCUCGCCUUCCGGAACAGCAAGCUCUUCCCGUCCGCCGGCAACUCCAGCGACGGCAAGCGCAGGACCGUGGCCACGCCCGUUAUCCUCGCCAAGAUAGACGGCUUCCCGCUGAGGGGCCUCCGGAGCCCAGUCAACGCCACGCUGCGCCGGCACACCCACGGCUCAGACGUCAGGGCGGCCUACUGGAACUUCAGCCUGCUGGGGGGCCUGGGUGGCUGGGCGUUGGACGGCUGCCGGGUCCUGCGCUCCGACGAGAACUUCACCACCAUCUCCUGCGACUCGCUCAACAACUAUGCCGUGCUGGUGGACCUCAGCGGCACAGAGUAUGCCUCCUCCACUGUGCAGCUGCUUCACCCGGUCGUCUACACCUCCGCCAUCGUGCUCCAGCUUUGCCUCCUGGUGGUCAUCGUCAGCUACGUCUACCACCAUAAGUCCAUCAGGAUCAGCCGCAAGUCCUGGCACAUGCUGCUGAACCUGUGCCUGCACAUCCUGCUGGCCUGCACCGUCUUCAUUGGCGGCAUCAACCAGACACGCCACGCCAGUGUCUGCCAAGCCGUGGGCAUUGUGCUGCACUACUCCACGCUGGCCACUGUGCUCUGGGUGGGGGUGACCGCGCGCAACAUCUACAAGCAGGUGACUCGCAAGGCCAAGCGCUACGAGGAGCUGGAUGAACCCCCGCCCGCCCCCAGGCCCAUGCUCAGGUUCUACCUGAUCGGUGGAGGUAUCCCCACCAUCGUCUGUGGAAUAACAGCAGCGGCCAACAUUAAGAACUACGGGAGUCGGGCGAACGCGCCAUACUGCUGGAUGGCAUGGGAGCCCAGCCUGGGGGCUUUCUAUGGGCCAGUGGGCUUCAUGGCCCUGGUGGACUGCCUCUACUUCCUGAGCAUCUUGAUUCAGCUCCGCCGGCACCCAGAGCGACGCUACGAGCUGAAGGAGCCGUCGGAGGAGCAGCAGCGACUCGCCGGCGGGGCGGAGCGCGACUGUGAGGACCGGGAGGGCGGUAGCCCCGCCCCAGCCCUUUACUCCGCCUCCGCAUCCCACGGCGACCUGUCUGCGGCGCCGCCGGCGGCCCUGGAGAACGAGCAGACAUUCCCGGCACAGCUGCUGGGCGCGGCCCUGUCGUUGGCACUGUUUGCGGCGCUCUGGGGCUCGGCGGCGCUGGCCGUGUCCCAGGAGCGCCCGCUGGACCUGCUGUUCUCCUGCCUGUUUGCGGUGGCCGCCCUGUCCCUGGGAGCCUUCCUGGUGGCCCACCAUAGUGUGACGCGGGAGGAUGUGCGGCUCCGCUGGGCGGCGGCCUGCUGCCAUAGGAGGCGGGACUACACGGCACAGGUCGACACCCCUCCAUCCACCAAUGGGAAUGGAGAGGUACCCAAAUGCCCCAACAGCAGUGCCGAGUCGUCCUGCACUAAUAAGAGCGGACCUAGCCUCAAAAACCCCUCCUCCCAGGGCUGCAAGCUGACCAACCUGCAGGCAGAGGCGGCCCAGUGCAAGCCCCUCCCCCUCCCAGUCCCCGCCCUCAGCAACGGGGUCGGAGUCCCUCCUGACAACAGCCUGACGGAGCACUCGCUUGACAACGACAUCAAGAUGCACGUGGUACCCGUGGAGGCACCGUUCCGGCCCAACGGGCACGUAGGUGCCCGCCACCACCCGCCGCAUCCGCACCACCGGAGCCGGGCGCGGGCACAUCGGGCAAGCCGGCUGACGGUUCUGCGCGAGUAUGCCCACGAUGUGCCCACCAGUGUGGACGGCAGUGUGCAGAGCGGCCACGCCCACCGGAGCCGUCACCCCCAUGACAGCCACGCGCGUAGCCGCCGGGCCGCCUAUCUGGCGUACCGCGAGCGCCGGCAGAGCCUCCAGCAGCAGGACAGCAGCGAUGCCAGUGUCACCCUGCCGCGCCGCAGUCGGGCCCCGGACAAAGGGGACGGGGCUGGGCCGGCGGGAUGGGCGGAGCCAGCAGCUCCCCCCACUUCGGCAUCUAGCAAAGACUGCGUAAAGCAGCCCGUCAGCGUAGAGCUGGACGGCCCGACCAAGUGCUACGGCCUGAACCUGGCCAGCCAGAACGGGCAGGCGAAAAACAACGCGUGUCCGGCAAGCACGGAGGGCUCCGGAAACAUCCGGACAGGCCUCUGGAAGCAUGAGACCACGGUGUAGCUGUGUCGCUUUUCCCAGUGUAUCACGUGCUGAACUCCCUGAACUGUGAAUUACCCCCCCCCCACCCCACCACUUCAGAUUGAAUGACUGUGGGGAGGAAACAGAGCGUUUAAAAAGAGAGCCACGUAAACAUGUCCUGUGAAACCAAGUGACUGUGAUUGUUUAAUUGUUAAAGGCCUUUGGCAAAUUGUUUAUUUUUGUAUCUCUUAAUCUUGUUUGACAAACAGUUCUUGGACGUCUUAUACAUGAAACCGCUUGACCUUUUAUCGUCCGCUUGUACAUAUAAGGUUCCUUGGUCUGCUGCUUUUCUUUUGAAACGUGAUUUUGCAUAAUAAAGCCAAGGUCUCGUUCUGCCAGGUCCGGGCUGAUGCAGUGAAACAUC